AUGGGGCACAAUUACCACCAUCACAAUAACGAGAAGAAGCCCUUGCGAUGGUUCGCGUCGCCACUGGUCGAAGAUCACGAUGAGAAGGAGCACCAAAGCCCUCCCAUAACCCGUGAGAACACUCAGUCAAUAUUCGAGAACGACGCUCAAGGUGUCAAUGCCGAAGCUGGUCUCAACCUCGAGGUCGAGGCAUGCACGCAAGAGUUGCGCGACAUGCCAGCUUUCCAGCGUCAUGCUGAAGCGACGACCCAAGAACUCUUCUUCGAUCUUUUCUUCGUCGCCAACCUUACUACGUUCACUUCGCUCCAGGAGAUCAACGACAGCGCCUCUCUGCGAGCGUACAUCGGCUUCUUUGCACUUCUGUGGCUUACAUGGUACUCGAACUCAUUGUACGAUGUGCGCUUCACGGCGGACUGCAUUUUUGAGCGCUGCGCAAAAGCCCUGCACUUCGGUGUCAUGGUUGGUUUCGCUGUUGUCGUGCUUUCCUUCAUCCUCAUGGUCUCUCGUUUGGUGCUUGCAGCACAAUAUGCUGUCACAUUGUACUUCGUGCGCAAGCAUAGAAGAACGAUCAUUCCGCUAUCCCUCGUUAUCGGCUCAACGCUCGUUGCCGCGGUCAUAUACGGAAGUAUUACUGCUGCGCUGCCGAAGGAGACGUGCAACCUGGAGUUGGGCGUCUGUAAGCAGUUCACUACGCGGGUACAUGUUGCCUGGUACAUCAUCAGUAGCGCCGAGAUCAUCAUCACAGUUGCGAUAUCCUGCUACUGGCGUAUCAUCUCCUUCAAGGGUACACACAUUGUGCAGCGCAUGUCACUGUUCACUCUGAUAAUUCUUGGAGAAGGCAUCAUUGUUAUCUGCAAGGCUAUUUCCAAGAUCGUGAAGAACGGCUCGCAGUUUGACAGCUCGCUCACUGGCCAGAUUGUCGCAUCGGUAUUGAUCAUUUACCUGCUGUACAUGCUCUACUUCGACCGAAUGCAUGAAGAGCACUUCGGCACCAUCAAGCAGCAAGUCUGGGCCUCGCUCCACUUCUUCCUACAUAUCAUGCUCGUCUUGGUCCUACAAGGUGUCUCAUACCUUGUCAUGUGGGUCGUCGCCUUGAUUCGGAUGGACCGUGUUGAUGGAAAGUUCCGCGAGGUCGAAGCGCUCAGCGUGACCGGUGCUUACGCGAACGGUACCAUCUUCGCGAACGCUCUCCGUCAAAAGAUUGACACGUACCUAUGGAACACAAUUCCCAAAGGCGUCGAUGCAAGCAAAGCGUUGGAGACCUGGAACAGCAGUCUGAUCGUGCUGGCGCAGAGUUUCGAUAAUCUGCAGAAAGACAAGGCGAACCUGACGGCUGUGGACAUGAUCACCACCAGCUUGAACAAUGCGGAGAGCAUGGCGAUUCAGACCAUGUUUGACAGCCUGUCCAUUUCGGUUCCCAAGACAGGGAAAAAUACGACCGAGAAAGUUGAGAAAAAGGUCUUCGACAAAACCGCUCUUCUUAAAAAGUAUGAGACACGCUUCGAGCUCGUCUUCGACUACGUCUUCCUCUCGGCCGGCCUAGCCAUCACGUUCAUGGCCAUCAUUGCCUUCAUCUCGUUGCCGGACAAGAAGCGCCAUCUUCGUCAAUACUUGCGUCUCUUAUUUAGUAUCAUACUCGGCUUUGCGAUCUGUCUCAUCUGUCUCGUCAAUACGAAUAAGCCGAGCCAGAAGCACUACAUGGAAAGUAGCUGGAUGCUGCCGACCAUCUGUAUCAUCUUCUUCAUAUGCGUACUGGUGAGCCAUGUGAGACCUUGGUGGCAUGGACAUCACAAGUGGCACGGAGCUUGA